AAAGAAAUAGAGAUAGAAAGACCCAUUAAAGAAAGAAAGAAAAAAAAACACUUCAUUUUCUUCCAAACCUCAUCUCAAGAAUCGCACGUCAAGUGUUUGUCAAAAUGACUGACAGAGUCUACCCAUCCAAGCCCAACGCCGCCGCGACCACCACAAACGCUCCGGCGCCGACCAAAACCCAAAUCUACAAACCCAAUCCCAAUCCCCAUCCAUAUCGCCCAGUUAAUCAUCAAACCACCGCCAAUCGCCGUCGCCGCGGCCGUCGCGGAUGUUUCUGUCUCUGUUGUUUCUGGUCCAUCCUCAUCCUAACAAUCCUCCUAUUCCUAAUCGCAAUCGCUUCUUGCGUUUUCUACCUUCUCUACACACCCAAUCGCCCCUCUUUCACAAUCAAUUCUCUCCGAAUCUCGCGUUUUAAUCUCACCACCUCAACCGCCGACGACACAACCCACCUCGCCGCCGCCUUCAAUUUAACAAUAUCAGCCAAAAAUCGAAACAAGAAGAUUUCAUUCUUCUACGAUCACAUAUCGAUUACUGCUGAAACAUCCAAGAACGAGGUCGUACUAGCGAACGCUUCCUUCCCCAACUUCAACAGUAACCCUAGGAACACAACGGUUAUAAGAUCCUUUCUUGCAACCUCGUCUGAAAUCGUGGAUUCUGAUUCUGUUGCGUCGUUGAAGUCCGAUCUGAAGAAGAAAACUGGGAUUCCUAUUAAAAUUGUGGUGGAUACUGGGUUAGUGGUGAAAAUGGAUAAUAUUAAGAGUAAGAGAAUCUUGAUUAGAGUUACCUGCGAUGGGAUCCAUGGAGUAAUUCCCAAAGGAAAGCCGCCGGCGAUGGGUGUCGUUGCUUCGACGGCGGGUUCCAAGUGUAAGGUUAAUGUUCGGAUCAAGAUCUGGAAAUGGACUUUCUGAUUUUGAUAUUGUCGGUCGGUCGGUCGGUCGUCUUCUUCAGCUAUUUUAGGUCACAUACAUUUACUCCGGUCACCGGAAAAGCUAUAAUUCCAGCUAUGUUUUUGGCCAAUUACUUUUUCUUUUUCUUUUUUAUUUUAUUUUAACGUAUUCUAUUGAUUAAAGCUUUUGGAGAUGUGAUUAUUGUUUUCAUGUUUAAAGUUGAUGGGUCAAAUCUAUUACAAAGAACAACAUGGGGAUUGAAAAUAAAUUAUUGCUCAUCAUUUUUUUU